AACAACCAAAUUUACUUAAUUUCAUCUACCUUUUAAAAAGGGUGGUGGGUAAUACGUGGGGGAGAAGAAUGUUUCUGUCUCUUCCUAUGCUGACUGUACUUAUUCCAUUGGUCUCUUUAGCAGGACUCUUCUACUCUGCCUCUGUGGAAGAAAACUUCCCACAGGGCUGCACUAGCACAACCAGCCUGUGCUUUUACAGUUUGCUCCUGCCGAUUACCAUACCAGUUUAUGUGUUCUUCCACCUUUGGACUUGGAUGGGUAUUAAACUCUUCAGGCAUAAUUAAUGCAACCAGAGCCAAGAUGGUAUGUAAAUGAUAUGUCUUGAGCAUCUGUUCCUGAAAACUCAACUACAUGGAAAUACUGGAAACAAACUUAAUUUGCAGGAGAUGCUUUGCCAUGCUUCCGUCAGAGGCUUAGGGCUAUGGGAGUCUUAAGCUGCAGAAGUUUCUUUUAUUGUACUUUUUGUUCUGCCCUCUUUUCUUUAAGGUUCUAACUGAUGAACACUGUAUUGAAAGAAACAUUUCAAUAAAGUGUCUCGUUGGAAAUUAACAGGCCCAACCAUCACCUGCUGACUCCAUGUCUUAUGCCAUUUGCCUAAGAGUUAAAAAUUUAAAAUUUUAUGUGUUUAAUUUAGGUUAAAGUCUUUGGUAAAGUCCCAUGUUAAGGAUGAAUGAAAUAAUUCCAAAGAAACUACACUGGAGUAGUUAUGGAGAAAUGAAUUUGAACUAGUGUGAUGUAAAACUACGUAACAAAAUGGAAAUUUCAUGUACUUGUAAAAAUUAUGAGUUUGUAAAAUUGCCUUUAUUUCUUUGGCAUUAAAUGCUUACAUUAGUAAUAAUAAAAUAAGAUGUUGACACUUUUC